UGCUGGUGCGAGCUGGUGGCCCAGCUGGGAGCAGGUAACCAGAGCUGGCAGUGGACACAGUGGCCUGGUGCUGGAGUCACUGGAGCUGCAGGAGGUGGCCUGGGGAGAGGAGAAACACCUGACACUGGCCAUGAAGACCCUCCGGGCACGAUUUAAGAAGACAGAGAGAGGCGGAGACGAACGCAGGCGGGUCCAUGCAGAUCCUGGGAGCCUGGCCCUCUUUGCCUCAGCCUCCCGGUGGCAAGAAGGUCAGGUCGGGCCACCGCGGUGCCCCUCCCCCAGAGCCCAGCCCCCUUCCCUGGCACUCCCCACCACCCGUAGGGGAGCGGCCGGGAGGGGAGCAGCAGGCGGGGCGCGCGGGCGAGGGUUGGCGCGGGGCUUGGCGGGACUGCGCGGGCCGGGCGGCCGAGCCCCGGCAUCGCGGGCCCUUUCCUCUGGUCACCUCCCGGAGCCCGGUCGCCCGGCCGCCCGGCGCCCUGGACAUCAUGAAGCAGCUGUGCCUUUGCGCCGCCGCCUCCUUUGCGCUGCGGCUCAGCCCCACUGACCUUGGUUCCUGCCCACCCUGCGGCCCCUGCCCCAUCCCGAAGCCGGCAGCCAGAGGCAGGCGCCAGAGCCAGGACUGGGGCAAAAGUGACGAGCGGCUGCUGCAGGCCGUGGAGAACAAUGAUGCCGCACGGGUGGCCUCCCUCAUUGCCCGCAAGGGGCUGGUGCCCACGAAGCUGGACCCCGAGGGCAAGUCCGCAUUCCACCUGGCGGCCAUGAGGGGUGCAGCCAGCUGUCUAGAGGUGAUGCUGACACAUGGCGCCAACGUUAUGAGCACGGAUGGGGCAGGUUACAGUGCCCUCCACCUGGCCGCCAAGUAUGGGCACCCUCAGUGCUUGAAGCAACUACUGCAGGCAUCCUGCGUGGUGGAUACUGUGGACAGUAGUGGGUGGACGGCCCUGCAUCACGCAGCGGCUGGCGGCUGCAUCUCCUGCUCAGAAAUGCUCUGCUCCUUCAAGGCACGUCUGAAUCCCCGAGAUCGGCUGGGUACAACACCCCUCAUCAUAGCAGCUCAGAUGUGUCACACAGAUCUGUGCCGCCUUCUCCUGCAGCAAGGGGCUGCUGCAAAUGACCAGGACCUUCAGGGCAGGACGGCCCUGAUGCUGGCCUGUGAGGGAGCCAGCCCCGAAACAGUGGAGGUGCUGCUGCAGGGUGGGGCCCAGCCGGGCAUCACUGAUGCGCUGGGCCAGGACGCUGCUCACUACGGCGCCCUGGCAGGGGACAAACUCAUCCUACACCUCCUGCAGGAGGCCGCCCAGCGCCCCUCACCACCCAGCGAGGAUGAUUCAGGCGAGGCAUCGUCUCAGAACUCUGUGUCCAGCCAUGAAAAGCAAGGGGCCCCCAAGAAGCGGAAGGCACCUCAGCCCCCUGCCAAUAUCCCGAUGCCGGAUGACCAAGACGCCUAUGAGGAGAUCGUGCGGCUGCGACAGGAGAGGGGCCGCCUACUGCAGAAGAUCCGGGGCCUGGAGCAGCACCAGGAACGGAGGAAGCAGGAGCUGCCAGAGGCGGAGGCCAGCUCCCUCCACAGCCUGGAGAGACAGGUGCAAGAGCUACAGCAGCUGCUGGCAGAGAAGCAGGAGGAGAAGGAGAGUCUAGGACGGGAGGUGGAAAGUUUGCAGAGCAGGCUGUCCCUGCUGGAGAAUGAGAGGGAGAACACGAGCUAUGACGUGGCCACCCUGCAGGACGAGGAGGGUGAGCUGCCCGACUUCCCAGGGGCUGAGGCGCUGCUCUCCAAGCACCUAAGCCCAUCGGCCCAGGAGCUCUUGGCCUCGCUGCAGGAGCAAGUGACCAUGCUCACCAGACAGAACCAGGAGCUGAUGGAGAAGGUCCAGAUCCUGGAGCACUUCGAGAAGGACGAGAUGGAGGCUGGCAGUCUGGCCGAGGUCAUCCCUCUGGCGCUGUACGACUCUCUCCGGGCUGAGUUUGACCAGCUCCGCAGGCAGCAUGCCAAGGCCCUGCAGGCGCUGGAGCAACAGGAAGCGCAGGAGGCCCCUGGAGAAGAGGAGGCAGCCCCCAGGGAGGGCAAAGGCCCGGGAGCCAAGACCACCAGAAACGGACCGGUGCAAACAGAGCUUAACGGCACUGCAGCUCCGGAAACCAGAGUUAAUGGAGCCGAGAGCACAGAUGAGGAGGCUGCAGGAGUAGAAACCAUGGAAGCCAGAGCUUUGGAAGCAGCAUCCGUGGUGGCUGAGGCCACGGAAACAAGACCCACGGAUGCUGAGGCCACGGAAACGGAGGGUGUGGGAGCCGAGCGCUUGGAUACAAAGGCCACAGGGGCUGAGGUCACAGAAACGAAAACUCUAGAAGAAGGAGGAAACCCAGAAACAAAGGCCACGGGAGCAGAGUCCACAAAUAUGAAAACAGAGGAACCAGAAUGGAAGGCCAGUGGAACAGGUGCUGUGCCGGAAGAGCUCACAGGCACAGGGACCAUGAAAACGGAGGCCGUGGGAGUGGAGGCCGCGACCCCGAGGGUCACCCCAGGCCCCGCCCUGCACCCCAGUGCUGCCGGGCUGGAGGCGGCCCACGGCAAGGCUGAGCCCGCGGAGGCCGAGGUUGGUGGGGCUGGCGGGGUCAGCAGCGGUGACACAGGCCAACUGCGGGCCGCCCUGGAGCAGGCCCGGGAGGACCUCCGAGACCGGGACUGCCGCCUCCGGGAGCUGGAAGCGGCCUCGGCCCGGCUGGACGAGGCCCAGGCCGGCCGGCUGUUGGCCGAGGAGGAGGCUCGGGGCCUGCGGGCAGAGCUGGCCCAGCGGGAGGAGUUGCGGCUGGAGCUGAGCCGGGAGCUGCAGGCCCUACGGGAGCAGCUGGCUAUGGCCACAGCCGCCGGGGAGCAGCAGCGGGCCGCGGUCGUGAAGCUGGGCCAGGCGCGGGACGCGGCUGAGGCCCGGGCCGCCGAGCUGGCCGCGGCCUGCGAGGAGGCUCGGCGGGGCCUGGCAGAAUUGCGUGAGGCGUCCGAGGGGCUCCGCCAGGCAGCGGUGCCGGCCUCGGAGCAUCACCGGCUGCAGGAGGAGGCCCUGGAGUUGCGGGGCCGGGCGGCCAGCCUGGAGCAGGAGGUGGUGGCCACGGGCAAGGAGGCUGCCCGUCUGCGGGCAGAGCUGGAGCGCGAGCGUGUGGGCAGCGUGGCCCGCCUGGAGCACGAGCGCAUCGUGGGUGCCCUGCAGGCCGACGUGGCCCGGCUGCAGGGGCAGCUGGAGGAGCUGGGGCGACGCCACGAGAAGACCAGCGCCGAGGUCUUCCAGGUGCAGCGGGAGGCGCUAUUCAUGAAGAGUGAACGGCACGCGGCCGAGGCCCAGCUGGCCACUGCAGAGCAGCAGCUGCGGGGGCUACGUACCGAGGCCGAGCGGGCACGCCAGGCCCAGAGCCGUGCCCAGGAGGCCCUGGAGAGGGCCAAGGAGAAGGACAAAAAGAUCACAGAGCUCUCCAAGGAAGUCUUCAGUCUUAAGGAGGCACUGAAGGACCAGCCGGGAGCCCCAGGCUCCUCGGAGGUGGAGGCCCUUCGCGGCCAGGUGAAGGCUCUACGGGAGCAGCUGGAGGAAGCUUCCAGGGACCACAGUGCAGUGGUGGCCUUGUACAGGAGCCACCUCCUCUACGCCAUUCAGGGUCAGAUGGAUGAAGAUGUACAGCGGAUUCUGAGUCAGAUCCUGCAGAUGCAAAGACUCCAGGCCCAGGGCCGCUGAGAUCAGAGCACUGCCCUCCGCCUUCCAGGCCCCGAGUCGGGGCUUCCAGACUCACGCACUGACCAUCCGCACUUGGAGACCAGCCUGGGCUCCUUCCCAACGAUCCCUCACUGCCUCCACGGCCCCACUGGUCCCUGCAUGCGCUGGUCAGUCUAGACCCCGGCCCUGACCGUGUACCCUUCCCUGCGCCGGAGAAUCUGUGAGUCCCCUCCCUCAUGUCUGGUCUUAUCAUCAGACGCCACCCCAGGAAUAAAAGCUCAUGGAGCAGAGGAUGAAAGCAUCGUGUGGCCUGAUUGCUGGGCUCCUACUGCAAAACGGGGAAGGGGCGGCCCAGAGCAGGGAUUGGGGAUUAGGGUGAGGAGAGCAAGGCAGGACUCAGUCCCCGAGAUGUACACUAUGUUACUAUGUUACUGCAGUAUCUUUUUUCUUUCUUUUUUUUUUUUUUGGCCACGCUACACAGCAUCUUAAUUCCCAGACCAGGGGAUGAACCGCGCCUCCUGCCUUGGAUGCGCGAAGUCCUGCCUUGGAUGCGCGAAGUCGUAACCACUGGACUGCCAGGGAAUUCCCCAGUUACUGCGAUAUUUCUAAAAGUCAGAAUGGGUUCCCAAAAGUUCAUGAUGAACAAAACAUGCAAAUGUCAAAUGAAGACAGAAUCUGAGGCUGCACGACUUACCUCACUGUCCUCACCCUAAACCCGGCCCUGGUGGGAGUGUCCCACACCCUCCCACAGCCUCCUUGCCCCUGGGCCAACCCCCUGAAAUCCCCUGGGGGUUCUUGGCUCUUUCCAGCUCGGCCAGGAAGGCAGC